UGGGGGCACCCGGUUUGAAGUCGUGCGGGUCUGAGUGCUGCCGCCGGCGCCUCGGUCUCGGACCCUUUGGCUCCCCGAACCACGGAGGGGACGAGCUCGGGUAGACGGCUGAGCAGAUGCCCGAGGGUUCGGGCCAGCACGCCCCGCGCCGCCCCGGCAGUUCCCCUCAGCUGCCUGGCUUGGGCCUGCGCCGCUCCCCUGCGCUCUGUGGAAACUAGCGCCUCGGCGGCGCGGCGCGUCGUCGCUCGCGCGGAGUUGCGAACCGCCGGCGCCGGGCCAUGGCGGUCUCCAGGCUUGAUCGUCUUUUUAUCUUACUGGAUACUGGCACUACUCCAGUCACAAGAAAAGCUGCUGCUCAACAACUUGGAGAAGUGGUGAAGCUUCAUCCUCAUGAACUAAAUAAUCUCUUAUCUAAAGUAUUGAUUUAUUUGAGAAGUGCAAAUUGGGAUACUCGGAUUGCUGCAGGACAAGCUGUUGAAGCUAUAGUGAAAAAUGUGCCUGAAUGGAAUCCAGUGCCAAGAACCAAACAAGAAUCUACUUCAGAAAGUUCUAUGGAAGAUUCAUCUACUACAGAUCGGUUAAAUUUUGACAGAUUUGAUAUAUGUAGAUUGUUACAACAUGGUGCAUCGCUUUUGGGAUCUGCUGGUGCAGAAUUUGAAGUCCAAGAUGAAAAAUCAGGUGAAGUGGAUCAUAAAGAAAGGAUAGCACGUCAACGAAAACUAUUACAGAAGAAACUUGGUCUCAAUAUGGGAGAAGCCAUUGGAAUGAGUACUGAAGAGCUCUUUAAUGAUGAAGAUUUGGAUUAUACCCCAACUUCAGCAGCCCUUGUAAACAAACAACCUACUCUCCAGGCAGCUGAAUUGAUUGACUCAGAAUUUCGAGCAGGAAUGAGCAACAGACAAAAGAACAAAGCUAAAAGAAUGGCUAAGUUAUUUGCAAAACAGAGAUCCAGGGAUACAGUGGAAGCUAAUGAGAAGAGCAAUGAUAGCACUGAUGGGGAGCCAGAAGAAAAGAGACGGAAAAUAGCAAAUGUUGUUAUUAAUCAGACGACAAAUGAUGCUAAAGUCCUGAUUGAUAAUAUUCCAGACACUUCUUCCUUAAUUGAAGAGACAAAUGAAUGGCCUUUGGAAAGUUUUUGUGAAGAACUUUGCAAUGAUCUUUUUAAUCCCUCCUGGGAGGUUCGACAUGGAGCAGGCACAGGACUUAGGGAAAUUCUUAAAGCUCAUGGAAAAAGUGGUGGUAAAAUGGGAGAUAGCACUUUAGAAGAGAUGAUUCAGCAGCAUCAAGAGUGGUUGGAAGACUUGGUUAUUAGACUCCUUUGUGUUUUUGCAUUGGACAGAUUUGGAGACUUUGUUUCUGAUGAAGUUGUAGCACCAGUUCGUGAAACCUGUGCUCAAACAUUAGGAGUGGUUUUAAAACACAUGAAUGAAACAGGAGUUCAUAAAACUGUAGAUGUACUGCUAAAAUUACUUACACAAGAUCAGUGGGAAGUCAGACAUGGUGGUCUGCUGGGAAUUAAAUAUGCAUUGGCAGUACGUCAGGAUGUAAUUAAUACUUUAUUACCUAAAGUUUUAACUAGAGUAAUCGAAGGACUUCAAGAUCUUGAUGACGAUGUCAGAGCUGUUGCUGCAGCAUCAUUAGUGCCUGUCGUAGAAAGCCUGGUCUACCUUCAGACACAAAAGGUACCCUCUAUUAUAAAUACCUUAUGGGAUGCUCUUCUGGAAUUAGAUGAUCUGACAGCUUCAACAAAUAGUAUUAUGACUCUUCUUUCAUCAUUGUUAACUUAUCCUCAGGUCCAACAAUGCAGUAUUCAACAGUCACUCACAGUUUUAGUUCCACGUGUCUGGCCAUUUUUGCAUCACACUAUAUCAUCAGUUCGAAGAGCAGCAUUGGAAACUCUGUUUACCUUAUUAUCAACACAGGAUCAGAACUCUUCAUCUUGGCUUAUACCUAUCCUGUCUGAUAUGCUUCGACACAUUUUUCAGUUUUGUGUUUUAGAAAGCAGUCAGGAAAUUCUGGACCUUAUUCACAAGGUUUGGAUGGAACUGUUGAGCAAGGCAUCAGUUCAGUAUGUGGUUGCAGCUGCUUGUCCGUGGAUGGGUGCUUGGCUUUGCUUAAUGAUGCAGCCUUCUCAUUUACCUAUUGAUUUGAAUAUGUUACUAGAAGUAAAAGCUAGAGCCAAGGAAAAAACAGGUGGCAAAUUGCGCCAAGGCCAAAGCCAAAAUAAAGAAGUACUUCAGGAGUAUAUUGCAGGUGCAGACACUGUCAUGGAAGACCCAGCCACCAGGGAUUUUGUAGUUAUGAGGGCCAGAAUGAUGGCAGCCAAGUUGUUAGGAGCACUUUGUUGCUGUAUUUGUGAUCCAGGUGUAAAUAUGGUAACCCAAGAAAUUAAGCCAGCAGAAUCCCUUGGACAGUUAUUACUCUUCCAUUUGAACUCCAAAUCUGCUUUACAGAGGAUUAGUGUUGCUUUGGUCAUCUGUGAAUGGGCUACUUUACAAAAGGAGUGUAAAGCUGUUACCCUAGCUGUGCAGCCACGUUUACUUGAUAUCCUUUCAGAACAUUUAUAUUAUGAUGAAAUUGCUGUUCCAUUCACACGAAUGCAGAAUGAAUGUAAACAAUUUAUAUCGUCAUUAGCUGAUGCACAUAUUGAAGUUGGUAAUAGAAUAAACAACAAUGUUUUAACAAUAGAUCAAGCUAAUGACCUGGUCACAACUGUUUUUAAUGAAGUCACAUCGACCUUUGAUUUAAAUCCUCAAGUGUUGCAGCAGUUAGAUAGUAAACGGCAACAGGUCCAAAUGACAGUUACAGAGACUAACCAGGAGUGGCAAGUGCUGCAGUUACGUGUACAUACUUUUGCUGCAUGUGCAGUCGUGAGUUUGCAACAGCUUCCAGAGAAAUUAAAUCCUGUCAUAAAACCACUAAUGGAGACGAUUAAAAAAGAAGAGAAUACACUAGUGCAAAACUAUGCAGCUCAGUGCAUAGCUAAACUUCUUCAACAGUGCACAACAAGGACACCCUGUCCCAAUUCAAAAAUUAUUAAAAACCUCUGUAGUUCACUUUGUGUGGAUCCAUAUCUAACCCCUUGUGUAACGUGUCCUGUACCAACACAAAGUGGCCAGGAAAAUUCUAAAGGAUCCAACUUAGAAAAAGAUGGAAUGCAUCAUACUGUCACCAAACACAGAGGUAUAAUUACACUGUAUAGGCAUCAGAAAGCUGCAUUUGCUAUCACCAGUAGGCGAGGUCCUACCCCCAAAGCAGUAAAAGCUCAAAUAGCAGAUUUUCCUGCAGGAAGUAGUGGGAAUAUCCUUGUUGAACUUGAUGAGGCCCAGAAGCCUUACCUGGUACAACGAAGAGGAGCUGAAUUUGCCUUGACAACUAUAGUGAAACAUUUUGGUGGGGAAAUGGCAGUGAAGUUGCCUCAUCUCUGGGAUAGUAUGGUUGGCCCAUUGAGGAAUAUAAUUGACCUAAAUAAUUUUGCAUUUGUUGGCCGAAAUGGCAGUAUUGUACCUGUACAAUAUAUUGUUAGUCUUGAAUUGUUGGCCUCUAAGUUGGUACAGCAUUUGCCUCAUCUUUAUAUGUGCCUUCAGUACCCAAGCACUGCAGUGAGGCAUAUGGCUGCUCGCUGUGUAGGUGUCAUGAGUAAAAUAGCUACCAUGGAAACAAUGAACAUUUUUUUGGAGAAGGUUCUUCCAUGGCUAGGAGCAAUUGAUGACAAUGUCAAACAAGAGGGUGCAAUUGAAGCACUUGCCUGUGUAAUGGAACAACUGGACGUUGGUAUUGUUCCAUAUAUUGUCCUUUUAGUUGUUCCUGUGUUGGGAAGAAUGAGUGACCAGACAGACAGUGUAAGAUUUAUGGCCACACAGUGCUUUGCCACACUGAUUAGACUCAUGCCACUUGAGGCUGGCAUUCCAGACCCUCCAAACAUGUCAGAAGAACUAAUCCAAUUGAAAGCAAAAGAGCGACACUUUUUGGAACAACUGUUAGAUGGAAAAAAAUUAGAAAACUACAAAAUUCCAGUACCAAUCAAUGCGGAACUACGGAAAUAUCAGCAGGAUGGUGUGAACUGGUUAGCAUUUCUUAAUAAGUAUAAACUUCAUGGAAUAUUGUGUGAUGACAUGGGCCUAGGCAAAACUUUACAGUCCAUCUGCAUUCUAGCAGGAGAUCACUGUCAGAGGGCUCAGGAAUAUGCACGAUCAAAAUUGGCAGAGUGCAUGCCACUUCCUUCUUUGGUGGUUUGUCCACCAACAUUAACAGGUCACUGGGUGGAUGAAGUGGGUAAAUUUUGCUCCAGAGAGUAUCUUAAUCCAUUGCACUAUACUGGACCUCCCACUGAAAGAAUAAGGUUGCAGCAUCAAGUUAAAAGGCAUAAUCUGAUAGUGGCUUCCUAUGAUGUUGUGAGGAAUGACAUAGAUUUUUUUAGAAAUAUUAAAUUCAACUACUGUAUUCUUGAUGAAGGUCAUGUCAUUAAAAAUGGAAAAACAAAGUUGUCCAAAGCAGUAAAACAACUGACAGCUAAUUAUAGGAUUAUUCUUUCUGGAACACCAAUCCAGAACAAUGUUCUGGAGCUGUGGUCAUUAUUUGAUUUCCUCAUGCCAGGAUUUUUGGGUACUGAACGCCAGUUUGCUGCUCGAUAUGGCAAACCUAUAUUAGCAAGUAGGGAUGCUCGAAGUUCUAGUCGAGAACAAGAAGCAGGUGUUCUUGCAAUGGACGCACUACAUCGCCAGGUCCUGCCAUUUCUUUUGAGGAGAAUGAAAGAAGAUGUUCUGCAGGAUCUUCCACCUAAAAUUAUUCAAGACUAUUAUUGUACUCUCAGUCCUCUCCAGGUUCAGCUUUAUGAAGAUUUUGCUAAGUCUCGUGCCAAGUGUGAUGUUGAUGAGACUGUUUCUUCAGCUGCACUUUCUGAAGAAACCGAAAAACCAAAACUUAAAGCUACAGGUCAUGUAUUCCAGGCAUUACAGUACCUACGUAAACUGUGCAAUCAUCCAGCAUUAGUCUUAACACCUCAGCAUCCAGAAUUCAAAAGUACUACUGAAAAACUAGCAGUUCAGAAUUCCUCUCUUCAUGAUAUUCAACAUGCUCCUAAACUUUCAGCUUUGAAACAAUUGCUAUUGGACUGUGGUUUGGGAAAUGGCAGCACUUCAGAGAGUGGCACAGAGUCUGUUGUGGCCCAGCACAGAAUACUGAUCUUCUGUCAGCUUAAAAGCAUGCUUGAUAUAGUAGAACAUGAUCUGCUCAAACCUCACUUGCCCUCUGUCACUUAUUUGAGAUUAGAUGGCAGCAUACCUCCUGGUCAGAGGCAUUCAAUUGUUUCCCGGUUUAACAAUGAUCCAUCCAUAGAUGUUCUGUUACUUACAACUCAUGUUGGUGGCCUGGGGCUUAACUUGACAGGCGCUGAUACUGUGGUAUUUGUGGAGCAUGACUGGAAUCCUAUGCGUGAUCUACAAGCCAUGGACCGGGCCCAUCGAAUUGGCCAGAAACGUGUGGUUAAUGUUUAUCGAUUAAUAACCAGAGGAACAUUGGAAGAAAAAAUAAUGGGUUUGCAAAAAUUCAAGAUGAACAUAGCAAACACUGUUAUUAGCCAAGAGAAUUCAAGUUUGCAGAGUAUGGGAACAGAUCAACUUCUUGAUCUGUUUACUCUUGAUAAGGAUGGCAAAGCAGAAAAAGCUGACACUUCAACUUCUGGAAAAGCAAGUAUGAAAUCAAUUCUUGAAAAUCUGAGUGAUCUUUGGGAUCAAGAACAAUAUGAUUCAGAAUAUAGCCUGGAAAAUUUUAUGCAUUCUCUCAAGUAACUGUCAAAUAUUGUGAACGUAAUUGCUGCUAGUUCAGUUACAUUUCUGCUGAUAUUCAGCAAAUUUCUAAGUUUAUGGUGAACUUUUAACUCAAUGUGUAAAUAGAUCUGAAGAAUAUUCAGCAUAAUGCUGGCUCUUGUUUCACUGGGGGGAACAAGUUAUUCUCAAAUAUUUGCACUGUAUUAAAUUUAAAUGUUAAUGUGAAAGGGUUUAAAUUGUAUGUGCUGAAUAGCUGCAGAGCAGAGGAACCAAACCAGGUUUACAUGUGCUACUACCAGGAGGUGUUCGUACGGGCCGAGCCUCUUCUCUGUGGAGUCACUUUGUCCAGGAUGAUGUCCAUGGGUAUUUGGGGUUCAUGUACAUUUUUUCUUUAAAAUAUAUAAAGCUUGUUUUUAUAAUUGAUUAAAAAAUAGAGCUUUUUCUGUAAAAGCCUUAAUGAGCCAUAAUUUUAAGAAUAAUGACUAUGAUAGUCAAUUUUGGAACAUGAAAAUGUUGAUGAGUUAAACUAGGCCCUUGUUGAAAACCUUUAUAUAUUUAAUGCAGGUGCAUAGUGUUUUUCAAAUCUUUAACAUCAUUUUGUCAACUUUUAAAUAUAACUAUCUAAAUUCAGGUACUGGUAUAUUUAAGACUACCAUAACAUCCUACUAAGAGGGUGGUUUGUUUGUUUUUUUUAUUUAUCUAAUGGCUAGAAUAUAGCCAGAUUCAAAGAACAUGUGUACUCAAUAAGUUUCAAUCAUAUAUAUAAAUAUAUAUAAUAUAUUUUGUAACUAUGAAUGAUCCAAUUUUUCAGAAGUAGAUUUUACACUGUUUAGAAUUCCAAAACCUAUGGUGAAGACUGUUUAUUGUAGUAAUGCAUGACUGAAACUUAAGAGGGAGAUAUAACUCCCCUCUUACAUAUAUACACACAAGCAUACAUGAGUAUACACAUCUGUAUGCACAGAUGUGUCUGUCCCAUACUCACAGAGGUGCCUGGUUGGGCACGAAAAUCAUGUAAUUAUACCAGGCAGCAAUAAUUGAGCAUAAAGCCAAUUAACUAGUAUUACAAAAAUGAGCUCAAUAGUGAGGGUGGAUAGAUGUAUAUAGAUAUGCAUGUGUGCAUAUGUAUAUAUAAUUUUAUAAAUUUCCUACAUAAAUUAAUACAUGCCUAUGUGCAUACACAUAUAUGGAAUAUAUUUGUAUAUAUGUACAGAAAAUAAACAUCCCCAAGGUUUGUGUCAGACCAUACGCUUAGGUAUCAAUUUAAAAACCAUCAGACCUCAGCUGUACAAUAACAAGUGUUUUGUUUAAAAUUAUAAAAGUUAUACUGUUCUGCAGCACUUAGACAUGGACAUGUGUCACAUUUCAGUAGCCUGACAACCAUACUGUAACAUUCAACCUAGCAUUCCACAAGAGAAUAAAUAUAAGAUUGAAAUUGUA